UGGGGUUUUCAACACUCGUUUGUUUUUCCCUCUUUCUCACUCUCCAUCAAGAUCCACUUGAACCCUUUUCCUACACAAGUCAUACUCUCUCUCUCUUAAAGCUUCGAUUUUUCACAACAAACCUUUCGCGUCGUUGAAAUUUCUUUCUUCUCGGACAUUUGGGUCAGCGGAUUUUCGAUCUGAUCCAGACCGCCGCCACCGUGAAUGCCGCCGCAUAAUAUGUUGUAAUUGAAGGGAUGCGAUGCGAUGGAGAGUCCUCAGUCUGUGAACAGUCCAAGAAGAACGCUGAGUCUAUCAAGACAACGGAGGGCAACUGUGUCAUUUCUCGAUUCCGAUAACAAUAACAAUUCCGCAUCUGGUUUAUCAGCUGAUCAUGGCCCUAAGCCUUCUGAAGUUUACGGUUUCGUCGGAUCUAUAACCACCGUUGUUGCUACAGUUAUUUUCUUGGUAUGGGCAUAUGUUCCAGAAUCAUGGCUACAUUUUAUUGGCAUAUCCUAUUAUCCUAGCAGAUACUGGGCUUUGGCGGUACCAACAUAUGUGAUGGUGACCAUUGUAUUAAUGUUGGCAUUCUACAUUGGCCUUAACUUCAUGUCAACACCUUCUCCUGCAUCCAUAAAUACAGUUUAUGAUGAAUUCAGCAGGGACCCUUUGAGUCAUGAUUUUUCAGAAGAGGGGGAUGAGAAGCCCAUUGAUCCCAUAUCUGAUAUUGGUAUCGACAGAAUCAAUGAUGCUAUGUUCAGUAAUUCAGCCUAACAGUAAGACAUUCAGAGCUGUUUCCAAAUUCCAAUGUUAGGGUGGAUAUUCUGCCAAGCAGUUGCUACUAAUGUGGGUUUUCACAUGAGAUCAUGAUGAUAUGGCUUUUAAACAUGAACUUGGUUGAGUUGGUCAUGUGAAAGAGUGAUUGGAUUUUUAUAAUUUAUAGUGGCUUUUGAGUAUCACCCUGUUAUUCCAUCUGUGUCGUUUCUAGCAUUGAUGCACUAAUAAUAGGCUAAUUGAUAUCUAAUCUCGCGCAUUCGUAUUUUGAAUGCGACUAAGGUUAAGAAAGUGCGUCCACACAUUUGCAUAUGCAAAAAUGUAAAUUGGAGCUAAAUUAGAUUCUAAGAUCAGAAUAGUAUUUUGUUGUAUCACAAAGGGUUUACAUUAGUGAAAAUGGAUGUCAAGAAUAUAUUGCUCGUGAGAAUUGUAUGUUGGUGGGCUUGGACCUUUAAUUUACAAUGAUAAGUGAAAAUAAUUGCUAUAAA